AUGACUUAAAAUCUGAAAUUCCAAAAAUUGAAUCAUGCUUUGCCAAAUAUUUAGAUCUCUCAACAAACGAAGUUGUAACAGGAUUAUCAGGAUGGAUGUAGCACAGACAGAGUGAUAAAUUUGGUAAAUAAGGUGAAAGCGAAGCUCAAAUUAAUCAAUAACACACCUGAUGCGAGAUUUAAUCGUUAACUGCAAUCGUUUAGGAUACUCGAUACUUUUGUUGACACAAAAACCAAACUAAGGAAGAUGAAUAUCUUAAAUAACAGAGAUUUAAUAGAAUCAGUAAAGAAUUAUCUAAUAAGAAGGAAAAUAGCUAGAUAAUUGGGCUAAGAAGAGGCAGAUUUGGAAAAGAUUUAUGAAUAAUAUGAAGUGAAGUUUGAAACAGAAUUUGAUAAGGCAUUUUUAGACAGUGAUUGUUUUCUAGAUUUAGGUUUAGUUAAGGCUCCAAUCAAUAAAGCUAAGGUAUUGUCUUAAGAGAAAUUAAAUGAAAUUGGAAAGAGAGCAAUCAGUUAAUUUUAAACUUCCUCUGAAUAAAUGUCAAGCAGAGAUUAAGUGACCAAAUCUCAGUAUGAAUAAAAUCUAUUUUAUUAUUAUGUUGAAGAUCACAUAGAAUAACUAAAAAAAGAGAAAGAAGAAACGGAGAAUUUCAUAUAGAAAUUAGGGAAAUCUACGAAAAGCACAACACAUUUAGGCAAAGCUGAAGAAAAGCGUAGUAAUUAGACGUCGUAGUAGAAGAUAACCUAAAUAGAUUACGAUAAGGAACUCUUGAAGUUAGUGUUGUAAUAUGGAAUAGACUUGAAUUCAACAGAAUAUUUGGAGGAAGAGAUCUAUUCUGCAUUCAAAUAGAAGGCUAAUGAUUUUAUCAAGUCAAAAAUAAAUGAGGCCAAAGUGAGACACAAUCACAACAUAGAGGAAGAUCAACUGAAAAACAAAUAUUAGAUCAGACCUUAAAAGAAGAGGAUAAGUUCCAUGUUCGAGUAAUAGUUCUUCAAUUUUUCUAAGAAUUAUCCUCUUCCCAAAUCAAGAUACCAACCAGAGAGCAAAGAGCUCACUCUAGCCUCUGGAGAUAGGAAAUCACAGAUGUAGGAGAGAAUGGACAAUAAGAAAGAAAAGACCUUGUUGCUAAGUUAAUUUAAUCUGAAAUCAAAGAGGAUUAUCAAUAUGUGUAAUAAGGAUGAACAGAAAUUGUUGUAUAAUGAGUUUAUGAAGGAAUUUUAAAUGAUGAAUUUAUAUCUGGAUGAAGCUAUAACAAGAACCAACUUCAACAGAAAGCUCUCACAAUUAGGCUUCACUAAAGAAGACUAAUUUUUAAUAAAAAAAUAAAUUGUACUUCCAGGAAGUUCCAUUAGAAAUCAAUAAGAGAACUAAUGA